GACGCACAGCGAAACCAACCAGGAUUUACACUCCAAGUCAGGACUAUAAGCUGAAACACCCCAAACCAAACAUAAUGAAGGUGUUCAUCGUACUCUGCGCACUAGUGGCCUGUGUAUCGGCCGGAGUGGUCCGAUCCUCGGGCUGGGGAUCGAAUCCUUGGGGCGGCAGCAGCUCCGGAUGGAACAGUGGCUGGGUGGCCCAGCCGCAGGUCAUCAAGGUGAUAAAGAUCGGAGGCGGCGGCGGCGGCGGCUCUGGCUGGGGAGGAAACUCCGGAUGGGGAGGAAACUCUGGCUGGAGCAGCGGCAAUUCCGGAUGGGGCGGCAACUCCGGAUGGGGUGGAAACUCUGGCUGGAGCAGCGACAACUCCGGAUGGAACAGCAAUGGCUGGUCCAGCUCCAGCUCCAAUAGUGGAUGGUGGUAAAGACUCGAGGAUAUACCAUCGCUAGAAGACGCAACCCAAACUCAACUCUAAUCCCAAUCCCAAUCCCGAUCCCGAUCCCGAUCCUAAUCCCCUCUCUCCGCACCUGGUUCACAAUCCGCACGUUUUUAUAACAUAGUUUUUAAUUACCUUUUUUUUUGUGUAACGCAUAAAUAAAUGA